AUGUAUGUGAAAUGGUUUGAUACAGUAAUGUUUUACUAUGUGAUUUUAGCGUAUUUAGUGAAUGUCACUUUUUCACAUUUUUAAUUUUCCAGCCGUUCCACCCCCCGUAUGUCCUGAUGUCACAGGGAACGGAACCCGGAAGACAGAUGCCCGCAUCGGCCAGAGGACAUUGCCAGGGACACUGCAGGGAGGACAUUGCGGGAGCGCAGGACAAGGUAAGUGAAGAAGAGAUCCCGGAGCAACGCUGCAAGGUACUCCCGAGUGUAGCUCGGGGUUACCGCUUGUGCUACACUCGGGAAUACCGCCAGGGAGGUUAAGGUAA